AUGACUAUCACAAUUACCGUCGAAAAGGAUGGCUAUUAUGAGGUGAACGGCAUGAGACAGGAGCCAUCUGUCUCUCUCUACGUUAUCCCCGCGGCAUCCAAGCUACGAAGAAUGCUCAAGGACAACAAGGAAAUGAUUGUGUGUCCUGGUGUUUAUGAUGGCCUUUCUGCUCGUAUUGCCAUGGAGCUGGGCUUCAAGGGCAUGUAUAUGACUGGGGCCGGAACUACAGCAUCCCGCCUUGGAAUGGCCGACCUUGGACUUGCUCAACUUCAUGACAUGAAGACCAAUGCCGAAAUGAUUGCUAACCUCGACCCAUUCGGAGCUCCUCUCAUUGCAGACAUGGACACCGGCUAUGGAGGCCCAUUGAUGGUAGCCAAAUCGGUUCAGCAAUACAUCCAAGCAGGUGUUGCAGGCUUCCACAUCGAGGACCAGAUCUCAAACAAGCGAUGUGGUCAUCUUGCUGGCAAGCGAGUAGUUGGUCUGGAAGAAUACUUGACAAGGAUUCGGGCCGCGAAGUUGACCAAGGACCGUCUGCACUCAGACAUUGUGCUCAUCGCCCGAACCGACGCGCUGCAACAACACGGAUAUGAUGAGUGUAUUACCCGCCUGAAAGCAGCCCGCGAGAUCGGCGCCGAUGUCGGUCUACUUGAGGGUUUCACUACCAGGGAACAAAUGGAACAAGCCGUCCAAGAUCUCGCUCCUUGGCCACUUCUGCUUAACAUGGUUGAGAACGGAGCAUCUCCCGUUGUGACGACAAAAGAGGCCGAGGAAAUGGGAUUCCGCAUCAUGAUCUUUUCUUUUGCCUCGAUUGUGCCUGCAUACGCUGGAAUUAGAGCGGCAUUUUUACGUCUCAAGACAGAAGGUGUUGUCGGAACGCCGGAAGGACUGGGACCGAAGAAAUUGUUCGAAGUAUGUGGACUGAUGGACGCUGUGAAGCUGGAUACUGAGGCGGGAGGCGAUGGUUUCGAAGACGGAGUCUAA